AUGGCACAGAAUCAGGAAUUGCUUAGACGUGGUGUCGUUACUAUUUUCCUGCAAAUGCUUAAUGAUGAUGAAGCUAUAGACCUUGAUGAUGAGGACUGGUUGGAUGACUUACUAAUUGUUGAGGCUGUGCAGACUUUGGCUUUAUUGUCAACUAAAGUAGAUGUCAGGGAUGAUUUGGUUACUGCAUUUGUUGAGCAAAAUCUGUGUAGAAGGGUGAUGUUGCUUUUCAGGAAUACUAGACACACCAUAGUUGAAAAUGUGUUGACAUUUGUGGAGAACUUUCUUACUAGAGGAACUGAAGAGCAAAUACAGGUUCUCCUUGACAACCAAGUUUUGCAUCAUCUCAGACUUGUAAUUGUCGAGCCUGUGGUGUCCGAUUUAUACCUCCUUGGUGGACAAUAUAAGGCAGUAGAGAUUUUGGGUAAUUUUGCCCGUCGUUCAAGAAGGUUGAGGGACCUUGUUAUUGACAGUGGUGAAGAUCUCAUCUCAUUAUUUCGAGUUCUUUGUUCCCUAGCAGAUGAUGCCAUCGUUGCAUUUGACGCUUCACCAGCAAUCAGUGCUGCCAGGACAAUAGGAUACUUGUGUUUUGGUAGUCCACCCCCACCAUUUGAUAAGGUUGAGCUUGUUUUCUGUUCAUUAAGAUCUAUAUAUCACAGACACCUCACUUAUUUCUUUGAUGCUGAUACGCGCUACAUUGUUGUUAUUUCAGUUGAGACCAUCAUUACCAAUCCUCUGGUUUCUCAUAAAUCAACUGGAGCCUCAUAUAGGAGAAAGAGCAUGUCCUGCUACUAA